GCCACCUCAGGCCUCCUGAAAUAAAAAUCCACUUAUUUCCACCACUCUAACUUACAUUCCGAAAUUAACCAAAUUCUCCGGUCAUUGCAAUUCUUUGUUUCCAUUCCUUGUUGUUAUUGUUGUGAGCCACAGGCAGCGAGUGUGGUUCGCGAUCCCCUUUGCGACAACCGACAACCCCCCCAGGAACUGCCAUUCUUUCUCCAAUUGGAUCCCUCCCUUGGCUCUCCUCAUUCUCUGCUGGUUACCUUAUCACUGACGCUCGUUUGAUCUUCUGAAUCCAAAUCAUAGCGACCAUGUCUCUCCAAGACGUGUACCAGAGAUUCCUUUCUGACCCCAGGUCUGCUUCCCUGGCUUCCGAUGUUGCGCUGAUCUAUAUCACCACGACCACCAGGGUCGAUGGCGCCGAGGCCGUGGUCAAGCACCUCGCCAGACAGGAUCAUGUCCUCAAAAGAAAGUCCCAGCAGGUGAUUGAUACAGUCGAGGGCUUGAACUCCCUGUCUCUAGACGUGGACACCACGGUGGAAUUUGUCUCUGGCGGCGGACCGUAUCUCCCCGCGCUGGACGAUAACUUUCUGUCCGACCGCAUUGCGACCUUCCCCACGGUUCACAUCGUUCGAUUCAACUCCCAGAACCAGAUUCAGCAGGUCAAAGUCUAUUGGGACCAAGCGUCACUUCUGAAACAGGUCGAGGUGAUCGGCUCGCGCAGUCGCGGUUGGCCCAUUCGCGAUGCGAAAGAUCAGGCUAAAUUGAUCAAGACCGCCGCCUCCUCUGCCCCGGCAAUUGAUACCCCAGCACCCAUGCCCGCGAACAAGCCCGAAGAAAAUGGUGACGCGCACAACAAAGUCGUCUCUCCUAAGAGACGCAUCAAGGACCCCUAUGCAGCAGAAUCUCUGGAGGAACUUCUCUCUCCCGGCAAGGACCGAGCGGAACCCGUGCGUGCCCCUCGUGCCCCGGCAUCCGCUAAGCCCCCCCAGCGCGAUCUGACUGAGAUCUUUGGAAAUCACGAUGACGUCGACAUUCCUGAGGCAUCCCCUUCCAGAGCCACGCCGGUCGCUCCCAAGGUCGGUGCAGGUAAGAACUACCGGGCUUCGCGCAUCUUUGACGAUGACGAGACAGUCGCUACCCAAGACAAGCCCCAGCAGAUCGCUUACAAGGCUCACCCUAAGCGCUUCGAUCAUUUUGAACUGGGCGCGGACAACAGUGAGCGUGAGAUCAAACCCAAGGUCUCGCGUCCAGUGUCGAGCCAGGGCAAGGGACCUCAGUGGAAAUUCGAGGACUUCAUGACCCCCGAGAAGCCUAAACGCCAGCUCCGGGGCCAAGAGCUUCGUAGCUUCGGUAUCAGCGACGAGGAGCCAGAGACACCCCCAGCCAAACCUCGCGUCCAACCCCGCCGCGACGCGGAAACUCACUUCCAGUUGACAGAUGAUGUCGGCGAUCAGAGUUCAGGCCGGAUCAUCAGUUCGUUCCAGAACAAGGGUCUCAGCCUUUAUAAGAACCAUCUGUUCGCCGAUGAAGACGAGCCCGCCGAGAGCAAGCCGUCGUCCAAGGAUAAGCUGCCCCUGUCCGUAGCCCAGAAAGGCCCAUCCCGCAAUAAGGACCUCGAGACUCACUGGACCAUCACAGAUGAAUCGCCAGCGAAAAGCAAGGCCGACGAGAACAAGAAGCCCAUCGCGGCGGACCGACAGCGGGCCGUCAAAAGUUUGGAGCCGUCAUGGGAAUCCUAUGAUCAAUCUCCUCAGCCGAGCAAGACCGUUCGUCCUCCUCCACAGCGCCGCCAACUGCGAAGUGUCAACGAGAGAAGCUGGAGCCUUGGCGAUAAUGAGUGAAGCGAUUAACAAGAAACUGGUCCUCAGUACCGUGCAACCCUCCGAACCCCGAACCCCUUGACGAAAGUACCGAAUGAUUCUAUUCAGCAGACCAUAUUCACCACAGUUCGAGCCGUCAUCAUGGCGAGAGCCUUGCCCAAUGCGACUUGGACCCAUGGAAGACUUUUCUACCUUUAAAUUGUGUAUUUUGUUCGAACAAUACUUGUAUUCAUUUCUUGUAUCUUUCUUACCAGCCUUGUUACCACCUGUUCUGUUGUGUCCAGUU